AUGCCAUCAACGCCCUUUGGAUCGCUUGGUACCCCGAGUGUCACAGGGAGCAGAUCUUCGGCACCAUGGAAUGACACAGCUACUGGAGGCAUAUCUCUAUCUGGCAGCGGGAUGUCCUUGCCGACAUCCCUCGGCACCGGCUCCUCUGGCUCUCUGAUUGCCACGGGAAGCGAGGCCUCAUCGGGGUCGUGGAAUAGCACAGCCACUGGCGGUGUGUCAUCUUUGUUGGGCACACUAGCUACAGGCACCACUGCUCCGACGCCUCCAAGGGCUUCAAUAGGUUCAACAAGCAUAGAGACUCAAGCCUCGGGAUCGUGGAACGGUACGACGACACCAGCUAGCGGUCUUCCAGGGACGGGGAGCCUUUCUCUAUCGCCCUCUAGCUCUUUAGACUCGUCAGCUGCGUCAAGUCGCCAAACUUCAGGAUCAUGGAAUAGCACCAACUCAGGUAGCCUGACACCACCCACUGGUAGCUUGACUGGGAACCUCAGUGGUACCGGGAUGGGUUCUCCAGCACCAAGCACCCCCGGUUCCUCCCUUGGCACCGGCAGCCCAGUGGCCUCUUCUAUGAAUGGCACAGCGACGAAUGGGAUGACACCAUCCGACGGCGGAGCCUGGGGCGAAACCACCACUACUGCCUCAGGACCGUCCGGCACGCCUCCCGCAUCUGGGCCGUGGAAUACUACAACAGGAAGCUGGACGUCGCCAAUCGGCAGCGGCGCAGGCACUGUGAUUUCACCUCCCACGACAUUCCCCACGCCAUUUAGCCCAUCGGCCACAAUAGGAACUGGGCUUUCGGCUCCGUGGAACAACACAGCGGGUACGGUUCUCUCCUCGGGUGGGCUUACUGGUAGUGGAGGGUGGUCAUCUGGAGCGACACCGACAGGUUCUACUCCGGUAUCGAUCCAAUCCACUGCUUCUCAUAACGGCACAAGCAUUCAUGGUGGAGGAGGGACACCGUCAAGCGAUAUCGCAGGUAACAGCACACAACCAGUCUCCCAACCUCCCUGGGGGACCGAUCGCCCUUGGCAAACCGGCCCCGGUUCGCUGAGCCUGACGGAAUCGGGAUCUUGGAAUAGCACAACAGGUAGUGCUGCCUCAUCAGGGAUUGCCUCGGGAUCCGGCAUGACGGGUUCCAUCUCAACUUUCCAAGGAUCAUCUCCCAUCACGGGCACAUCAGCGCGGCCAAGCCAGCUAUCAGAUUCGUGGAAUAGCACUGGGACACCGUUUGGAUCACCUUCUGGCACGCUCACGAAGUACAGGGCCGGUCUCAAGCCCAGCAGGGGAAUCUCCAACUCAGAGCUCAGAGUCAUGGAAUUCAACAUGGAGCUCGGGUACGAACAUCCCAGGAACGUCAGUGCCUACAAGCUUUACCCCCUCAGGGCUGUCUCCCACAGCGAGCAUCGGAUCUACAGGCAUCUCAUCACCGACCCUGUCAGGAUCUGGCUUCUGGAAUGGCAGUACGGGCAUAGGGACAGCUUCAGGAGCCACCGGUCCAACUGGCAUCUCGUCACCCACGCUUUCGGCGUCGGGGCCAUUGAACAUCACUACAAGGAGUCUGAGCACGGCAUCAGCGAGACCUAA